AUGGUCAUCAAACCAACAAACCAGUUUGAAAUAGUGUUGUUCCUCCACGUUGUGUACCCCCACAUCUUCAGCAACGAAAGUGACAAGAGACCAAUCUUCGGUGUUGUCGUAGAGCCUAACGACGAGCAUGUCAAAGCCUGGAUGCAGACGCAGUAUUCCGAGGCGUCUAUUCUGACUAACAGAGAAUUUUGUAUCCACUUGUUCGAAAAGGUGCCUGAUGAAUUCUAG